UCUCAGAUGACCCAAGAACAGUGUACUCAUAGGAGCAAUGUCCAGAGUUCAGAAAAACCACAAGUGUACAAAGUGGGAAUAUACGGCUGGAGGAAACGUUGCCUUUACUUCUUCGUCCUGCUGUUGAUGAUCCUAAUCCUGAUCAACUUGGCACUAACAAUCUGGAUCCUCAAAGUCAUGAACUUCACCAUCGAUGGUAUGGGCAAUCUCAGAAUAACAGAGAAGGGCCUCAAAUUGGAAGGUGACUCUGAGUUCCUCCAGCCACUGUAUGCCAAAGAAAUCCAGUCCAAACCAGGUCGCCCGCUGUUCCUGCAAUCGUCCAGAAAUGUGUCGGUUAAUAUCAUGAACAGUAACAACCAGCUGCUCACACAACUUGUAGCAGGAUCCAGUGGUUUUAAGGCUCGAGGAAAGAUGCUGGAAGUCAAAUCAACCUCGGGGAAGCUGCUUUUUUCAGCUGACGAGCAGGAGGUUGUGGUGGGAGCGGAGAGGCUGCGGGUGAUGGGGGCUGAAGGAGCCGUGUUCACCAAAUCAGUGGAAACACCGCAUGUCAGAGCCGAGCCCUUUAAAGAGCUACGGCUGGAGUCUCCCACACGCUCACUGCUGAUGGAGGCUCCAAAAGGCAUCCAGAUCCUGGCUGAGGCCGGAGACAUCCAAGCCAUCUGCAGGAACGAACUCCGAUUGGAGUCCAAAGACGGAGAGAUCAUUCUGGAUGCACGUAGGAUUCGCUUGAUGCGCCUGCCUGAGGGAAAGGCUUCCUCCAGCUCCUCAUCCUCUGGGACCAGGCAGACUGUCUAUGAGGUUUGCGUUUGCCCCAACGGGAGGCUUUUCCUCUCCCUUGCCGGCACUGGAUCCACCUGCCAGAUUAGCAACAAUGUCUGCCUCUAGAACCUAUAUCAAUUUAAACAAAUACAUACGCAGCCUGGAGAAAAGACAGCCAAAAGCAGACACAUCGAACACAGGCGCCUGUUUCUAGGACUGAUUCAGACACACACAGGCUGCCAGAGCUGACGGAAACAAUUACUGACAAACGACACAAUCCCUCAGACUGAUAGUGGGGCUCAUACACUAACCUUUUAAAGGCCAAUACUGAUCAUUUUGAAAUGAAGGUGAUGAUAGCCCAUAAUUUGUGCCAUGUUUCAAUGCCAAAAAAAACGACCCCCCCCCCCCCCCCCCCCAUUUUAUACUUCUCACACUGAAAUCAGCAUUCAGAGCAUCGUGGGACCCUUACACUUUCUGCACCCAUUACAUUAUCAGGUCUUUAACCUGAAAAAAGGUACAGAGGAUUUAUAAAGUUUCAGAUAAGUUCAGAAAAAAUUUUCCAUUCACACCAUAUUGGCUAAAUGUGACUGACUAUAAUAAAGGGCCAUUUGGUUUUUAAGUUAAACAAUCAAACAUGGCGGACCCCCACAUGCUUACAGGAUGUGUACAUAAUGAAUGCGGCGCACACAUAGAACAGAGGGGUUGAGUUUGCUCACAGGAGCCUCCUCAUACACACUAAGAAGAAAACCUUCAGAGACUAAAGGAGAAGAUGAUCCGUUCUCUUUCUCCAUCCAGGACAAGAAUCACUAGGGUGAUCACCACAAACAGACCACUACCUUCACUCAUCUUCUCUUUCAGUUCUGUUUUUACCACUGAAAUCAUCCCAACGAGUUUUAUUCUUCUGUUUUUCAGAAGAUGUUAUUGUGCCCAACAAAUAAGCACAUCAGAAUAAAAAAAAAAAAAAUACCAAGAUGAUAUAUCUGAGAUAAACCCAUUGACAAGAGUUGGACAAAAUGUAUAGUAUUACAUAUUUUAGACAGUAGGUGUUUAUAUAGUAUUGUGACUAAUUUUACAUCUUAAUUUUGGUUUGCUUUAAUCACAAGAACAUUUUCUGAAAACAACUUAAUUUGAAAUGUUAAUUUCCAUUGAAAUUUUGGUGUGUUUAAGUCUAAAUGUUCAAAUUAUUUUGCAAGUUAAAUUUGGCAUAAAAUUGAGCAAAACACUGUGUUGUUCUGAAUAUAAGACUUUACUUUUUGGUGGGGAAAUAUGUCUGAAAGAAAACUGGCUUGUCUCAACUUUGAUGUGUCAUAUGAAACCACAACAGUCCCCAUAAAACAAGUGUGUCUCCCAGGACUGAAGUGACCCACCCCUCUAACUAGCACACAGUGGAUGGAGAGACACAGUGAAAAUCCUGAAAAGAGCAUGGCUCAAAAGUUGGGUAAGUUAACCAGCAAUGGAAGACAAGUUAUGGUGCAAACUUUAACCUUGUGAUGAAAAAUGCAUUGAAUUCAUUAAGCAAGUCUCAAGCAGCCAAGAAAUCCUGUGUAAAUCUGAAAUGUUGGAAGCUGAUGAGCCCAAAAAGAUCAACUUAAAAAUGCUUAUAGUCAGAAAAGCUUAUUGUGGUCAUAGAUUAGUAGUGUGUCAUUUUUUUGAAAAAUGAAAUGAGAGCCAACCCCAAAAGUGUGCUUUUAUUGGUGUUUUCAAAUAAAAGCAUUUUCUUGAUACAACAGAUUUGGUCUUGAGAAUUUGUUCUUUACACAAUGAUGUUUUGAAAAGGAGUUGUCUUAUAUUCGGAACAAUACACCAA